GGUGACCGAGCAGAUGCUGGCCAAAGCGCCCCCAGAGAGACUGGCCCAGGUGCUCUGGGCUGGGGUGGAGCUGCCGGGCCAGCUGGCAGUGCUGCGGGAGAGGCUGGUGUGCUUGGAGGAGGGUCCCCUGAAGCUGCUCAACAGAGAGCUGGACCGGGCCCAGGCAUCAGGCUCCCGUCUGGAGCGCUUUGUUGAGUUUCUGGCCGCCAGCCUCCGAAAUUCCAUGGGGACACUCCGGCCCCUGGGGAGAAGAGUGCAGGAGGCCCAGGAGGCUAGCCGGAGGUUGGAGCAGAGGCUGGGAGUCAUAAUCCAGCGCACCUUGGAGAUGGAGAGGACCCUGGGCCAGUUGGGCCAGCUCGCCCAGGUUCUGCAGCUACAGCAGGUCAGGAGCCAGCAGGAGCUGGGGGAGGUGAAGGAGAGUGUGGCGGAGCUGACCAGUGGUGGCUCCACGAUGCAGCAGCUGGAGAACAUCUGGUAUAUGGAGAAGAUAACAUUAUCUCCAUUUGAUGUCCGAGGAAACUGGGACUCUGAGAGGCUGACUGGCUCAGCCUGGGUCACACGGCUGGUCUUGAACCCUCUACUUGGCAGCCUCCCCCCUCUGGUAGAAGCUCAGAGAACUGGCAUGUCAGCCUGGGGGAGAGCUAAUCCACAUCUGCUUUGGCCUGUCACCACCAGCAGGACUGUUCUCUUCUGACCACCAUAAGGUCUUCACAGGUCACCUCGUCCUUCUUUCCAUCGCUGUCCGGUCCCCUUCCACAGGAACUCUCCCACAUCCGGGACCCAGGAUGAUUCACUGUCCAUAGGAAGUGCCCAGGAGAGCCAAGCAUGACCAUGUGAGCUAGUAUGUGUGGACUCACCUGGAAAGAGGGGUGCUGUCAUCAUUGUUUUUACUCUCCGUGGACCAGGCCCCUCCCUGAUCAACAGAAUCCUCUAUGAGUUAUCAUGAAUCCCAAGACAAGGAUGCCCAAGGCCAGAGGAGUGGCUGGGACCAGGGGCUAGAAGUUUGCCCAGACUCUCGCUUCAUCCUUCUUCUCUCCUCGCUGUGUCUGCUUCGUGUCUCUGUGCUGGGGUUCUCUGCUUGCCAGGCGGCACAGUGCACCGAGGUCUCCCGCUUCCCAGUGAGGCCCACCCUUGCUCAGUCCCGAUCCCCUGUGCAGGGAACUUCGUUUGGAGCAGUUUAGGUACGGCUGGACCAAUCAACAAUGACCAGGGGGCCAAGUCAUGUUCAAAGCACAAGCCUCCUGCUACUGUCUCUUGCUGCAAAUUGGAGAGAGGGGAUAGUUCUCUAAAAAGAGCCAGGUGGCCCAGAGCUCCAGAUGUCCCAUGACACUUUCCUGGCCGCUGGAUCCCGCACACACGUUCCUUCACCUGGCAUGUAAGAGCGGCCAAACUCUGUCCCAGCCCUCCCCAUCACCAAGAUCCCCCCAAACUGUUCCUAUAUCUCCGCUUUUGCAUAUGCUCUCUCCACCUAGAAAAUUCCUACAGAUCCUUCAAGACCCGCCUCCAGCAUCUCCUUUUGUGACAGAAUGAGCUAGAAAAGAGCCAUGUUGGGACAUAAACCAGUCUUCUGGCUCUAAGUCCCAGCUCAGUCCUCUACCCCAGGUUGCUAUGAGUUUUCUUUGGUUGCUAAUUUUCAAAUCUCACAUGAUCUAAUGCAGUUAUCCAAUUUUUUUUUUUUUCUUCUUUUCCCUGAAGCUCUUCUGUCAUUAAGGCUAAGCCCAGGAAGGAUAUGUAAGAGGGGAUGAUGUAAGACGCUUCCACCCAACAGGAAGAGGUAGGAAAAAGCCCUUCUCUAGGUUGGAGAGGGCCCAGAAAACGCAGGGGAAGGAGGGUAAAAGAGUUGGACAUGUGUGUACUGCCCUCCUCCCCACCACCAUCAGAUGCAGACAGUGGGAGGGAGGGGGUGUCACGUAGGGGUAGGAACUUCCAGACAGGUUUGGUGUGAGAUCCUUGUGCAGGAGUCUUGCUCCUAGCUUCUUAGGAUAUACACCUAGAAAAUUACAAGCCCUUCAGAAGAGUCUGGUGGUCCCCGUGGGGCCAAAUCCAAAAAGACAUGGGGCAGUAGAUUACAAAUGCCUGAGGGAAGCAACUAGAGAGAUGAGCCUGAGCUCUUGGCCCCUGGCUCCCCAUGGCCUUUGCAAGGCAUGCAGGACUUCUGGAAAGCCCUGUGUGUCCCUGAGGAAGUUGCAGAAGAAGCAGAGAGUGCUGGUAGGCAGAUAGCCAGAGUCGCCAGUGGGCAAGCAAAGCACCAGGCACCUGUGGGGUGGCACACCCAAGCUGAGGUGGGGUUCUUGUCACAGCCAGGGCUCGGGAGCUAUCCCAGUGCCUCGUCUCAGACAUGGCAGAAGGCUCUGAGACGGGAGGGUGGAGGGCAGUGUGCAGACCCCCACUCCCCCAGUAACAUGAGGGUGCAAGCAGGAG